CCACAGCAGCGUCGACUCGAGUCUGCCAGAGGGCCACGGCGCCGGACUCGGCAUUGGCCCCGAGGGUGUGCUUCCCAGCAGCAAGUCAGACAGCUCCUCGAUGGUCUACUCGACCUCGGCACCCUCGCCCUCGACUGCUCAUGCGCUGGUCGCAGCGAGACCCAAGCGACGGUCAGAGACCUUUGCCCACCAGGAGAGCCCGUAUUUCUAUCCUGCCCAGCAGCACUACAACCUCUUCAGUGUUGACCAGUCCAUGAGCUACAACAUCAAGAUUGCAGCCAAGAUCGACAGAGGUUUCUUUUUAGCCGCGAACGACUGGACCUGCUAUCGUCGCAAUUAUUUCCAACUCAGUGCGUCCUUUUCCAUUCUCGGACUGGACUCCUCUGUCCACCCCGAGGUGCCCUGUCUCCUAGACCGGAAUGGCGAUCUGGUCACAGUCAGGGCCUUUUUGGUUUGCAUUGGAGCACAGAUCCAGAACGGAGAGAAGGUGAUCGAGCUUGUCCAGCAUACCCCAAAACGUGACAAAGGCCCGCAGAUUACCCCUCGGCCGACGCAUAUCCGGGCCGGCGGCGACUUGAGCACCAGUGCUACUGGACCCGCUAGUCCAAGCGUGGUCACGUUUGAGCGGGUGCAGUUCAAGACAGCGACGGCUAACAAUGGCAAGCGCAGAGCUGCCCAGCAGUAUUAUCAGGUGCACGUUGAUCUCUUUGCAGAACUCGACAACGGAGACUUAGUCUUGGUCGCCAACUCGUUCUCGGCGCCCUUGGUCGUCCGUGGCCGCUCCCCAGGCCACUAUGCUGACAAUGAUGAUGCGCACAUGGAGUGCUCUCAUAGCUCAGACUCGCGGCGCCAUUACAGAAACGACAGCGUCAGCAGCGGUGGAGGCGGACCUCUUGGAUCACCAAUCUCCCCUGGCGAGUAUCCUUACUACUCUGGCUACGCAUAUGGACCGUCAUACCCUUACCAGUCCCUGGGCUCGGCUUCGCAUAUUGCAGCUCAAGCGCAUGAUUCCAGCUAUUACGACCGCAAAGAUUCAGAGUCCUACCCUGCGAGCCCUCUGUUGCCUGCUGGUCCUCAUCCUGGUGGUAAGUUGGACAUGGUUUUUGAAAACGGUAUCUCUUUUUGUUCUGUUUGAAAAUGAGACGUAG